AUGUUCACAGAUCUACCCGUGGAGCUAGUCCAGCUCAUUCUCCGGAGCUGCGACACAGCAACCUACCUACAGCUAGCGCAAAGUUGUCGCAGUCUAAAAGACCUGGCAACGAAUAACCGGAAGCUCGUUCUACACCAAUUGCUCCAAACUCCCGGCCGCACCGACGCCCUCGACAUAUUGAGUACCCAGGAACUCGUCCAGCUACUCAAGAAACGCUCCCACCAAGAGCUCUUCGGCACUGAGCACUUCACGGACCGCAAACUCAUUACUGAUUUCCAAGGCAAAAAGCUCAAUGUCCAGGCUUCCUCACUGGAAGCUCCAAUUCUGAGGAACAGAGCUCUCCUUGUAUUCCAGGGUGACGAAACGGUCUACUUUGUCGAUAUCCGCGCUGGAACCGUCAGCCUUCGACGACGACUGGAAUCCCCCGCAAAGCGGUUCGGAAGUAUCGAAGUGCUUCAUACUGCUUUUAAUAGUAGUGGAGCAUAUGUUUUGCAUCGGUUCCAGCCAUUCCUCGACACGAAGUUGGAUACCACGCACCCAUUUGUCAAGCAGGCGAUGCAGUCGUACCCGCAGGGGAGUAUCUUCUUGGCCUACUACAGCUUUGAUCCUACGGCGAAGGGUGUGCGGCUGUAUAGCUUUGCCGAUGAGAAUGGAUAUGAUCCAAUUGCUAUUGCUGCUCACCGCGACGAGAAGUUUGCUAUUUCUUGGCAGCACCGUCAACAUGCCCAGGAUCACCACGUCAUUAUGUAUCUAGUUGACGAGCCUGAUGAAAAUGAAGAUGAUGACGACGACGAUGAUGAAGUUGAGGAUGAGGAAAUGGAAGACGCAAGCGACGAGGGUGGUCGAAAAGAGAAUGGUGGACUUGAGGCUUCGGAUGACCCGCAAAAGACGGUGCUCAGCAUCAUCAGCUCUUCCUACGACUCCUACAGCCUGACCGAGAUAACAGACACUAGAAACAGCGACGUGGCCCUCAUCGGAAAAGGACCAACCACCAAACUAACCUUCAAUGAUCGCGGACUCCAACUUUUGCACCACUACAGAGCGCAGCCCCUCUUCAGCUCCUUCCAAAAACUCCAUUCCGUCACUGCAACUCCAGAGCCAAGGGUGCAUGACAACACGUGCGUGGUGGAAUACUCGCCCUCGCUGAUGCUCCAAUUCGCGAUAGGCAUUCCCUUCUUCGCAACGCACCGGAAUGGCGGUGACAGCACCGUGCCCGGCACUUGCCACUGGCAGUACCUGUCCGUGGGCAUCGCGACACACCGGGUCGAACACUGGACGGUGGCAUGUCUCUUGAAAUCCCAAGCCCACCCCUCAGUUUUCCGAUGCAGUCACGUUAUGAAUCUUGACCGUGGACGACGCUUCGAUGACUGGACCGUCGUGGCACAGCUGGGCGGAUACCAAGAGUCCAACACCACUCAAGGCGCUCUGAUUGCGGCGUCUCCACUGGGGACUCGAAUUGCAAUUGCCAGUUGGAAGACUGUGACAGUGUGGGCACUGGAGCCGACAAUGAUCGUUGACGAGAAACUGGGCUACUACCCGGAGUCGUGGAUUAACUCGGCCGGAUUGACGGAGCUGCGACCCGCAGCAAUCCAGCUGAACGCGGUCUGCUCGCAGUUGAAGUUUGCGGAGAAUGAGCAUGAGCUCGUUGCCGUCACUGAUCGUGGGUUGAUGCUCCUGGACAUUCGGCCCUCGGGUCGAGGCGUCGAGGUCGUUGAGCGCCUGGAUAUCUUCUGA